AUGCUGUCUCUCCGAGCCUUUACGCGCGCUGCGCCUCGCACCUUCUCCCGCUCUUUGUCCACCGCGGCCCGGCCUGCUGCUCGUCCCCUGUCGGCCGCCAUCCAGCGACCCAGUCUGCUGGCUUCGACCCAGAAAUCCAUUGCUAAGCAGGCUUAUCCGGCUUUCUCGACGGCACGGAUCCUGCGGGAACCGGCUGGCGAAGGUGAUGUCGAACUCAUUGCCAAGUUUGAAGAGGAACUGAGACACGAGAAAGCCUCUGGACUUGACGGAUUGGAAGCGUCCGUCGAGAACGUCAAGCUCCUGCUCGAGAAUGGCCCUUGGGAGGUGAAGGAUGUUCCGGGAGAGCAGGAAGUUGUGUUCAGCCGGAAAUUUGGCAAUGAAGACAUCCGUGUCACUUUCACCGUCGCCGAUCUCCAGAACGUCACCGAGCAGCCCGAGUUCGAUGACGCCCUGUCCGAUGAGGCUGAUUAUGCCGACCACUCCCACUCCGUGAACCAGAGCCGAUCGGGCCAGGGCAAUGUUGGUGUCCACCCUGAGGACCGCGUCUCGCCCGCCGACCGCGAGUAUGACGAGUUGGGGGAGCCCAGCUUCCCUGCGCGCGUCAAUGUGACCAUUGAGAAGCCCGGCGCCGGCGCUCUGCUGAUCCAGACCGUUGCCCAGGAUGGCGUCUUUGAGGUCGAGGAGGUCUCGUACUUUGCCAAGCCUGAUCUGGCCCACGCUCAGACGGCCGAGAAGGACUGGACUCGCCAGAGCCUGUAUGCCGGCCCUCCGUUCGAGAACCUGGACGAGGACCUGCAGAACUACUUCGAGCGCUACCUAGAAGAACGGGGCAUCAACUCGGAGCUCGCCAACGUGAUCCCCGACUACAUCCAGGUCAAGGAACAGAAGGAAUACGUCCGCUGGCUCGAGAAUGUCAAGAACUUCGUUGCCGCAUAA